AUGGAGAAAAAUAAGAAAAGAAGGCUCAAAACACCUGCUCAGCUUACGGCCUUGGAAAAUUUUUAUAAUGAUCACAAAUAUCCCACGGAGGAAAUGAAAUCAGAACUUGCCGAAGAGUUGGAGUUGACGGAAAAGCAAAUAUCUGGAUGGUUUUGCCACAGAAGAUUGAAAGAUAAAAAGUUGUUGAAUGAUGAAGUAGGUGCUAAUGGACGACAAGAUCGUUCAAGUGGUGUUAUUCAGGAUCGUGGCAGUGGUCUAUUGCAGGAUUCAUGUGGAAGCACUAAACAUGGUGAUUAUAGGUAUUUGGAUCUCAAAGAGGUUGAGAGUCAUGGCCUCUAUAACCAUGAUUUUGCAGUUGCAGAUAUGGCCUAUGAACACAGGAACCAUCUUUAUACAGAAAAUAAUAGUGCAACAGAUAACACAUCAUCUGAGAGUAGCUCAUCUUUGCAAGACCGAAUGCUUCCUCAAGGACAGGAUCCAUAUGACAUGGAGCCUUCUACUGAUUUGAUGCCAAACGGAUCUCUUCCGCCCCUAAAUCCCAAGGGUGCAAAUAAAAUGCGAUAUAAACCAUCAGGAUAUUUAAAAGUGAAGGGAGAGAUAGAACAUGCUGCUAUUACUGCGGUUAAAAAGCAGCUAGGAAAGCAUUUUCAGGAAGAAGGACCAUUACUUAGUGUUGAAUUUGAUACAGUUCCUCCAGGGGCAUUUGAAUGCCAAACUGCAGAUCUAGCUAAUGAAGGAUACUAUGAUGCAAAUCCUGCUCUUCCAAAUUCACCAGAAGUCUCUGCUAUGAAAAAGCAAUCCAGUCUUAGCUCUAGACAUGAUUCAUAUUAUACCAAAUUAAGGUCCCAAGAUUCACAUAUGGAAGGAGGUGACUGUGGCUCUUUGCAUGAUUCUGAUUUCCAGGAUAAGAAACUCCACAAGCGUAUAAAUCAAAGACCAACUUUUCACAGUUUUACCAAUCAUUUCCCUCACAAGAACUCUUCCCUGGAUUUGUAUGUAGACUCUACUGGGGAUACAUCUGCCUAUAGUAGUGCUAAAAAUCAUAGGAUGGGUGCUAAACAUGGUUUUGAGGGGAUGAGGUCUGAUUCUGCUUCCAACCCUAGUGAUCACUAUGAAGACAAUACCGCCGCAGUCAAGCCGAUAGAUUCACUCUUACAUCUCUACGAUAACAGUAAUCUGAAGAAUGUACAAAAGAAUGAAUAUGUAAAAUCUAAGCCUUCAAUACAUAAUAAGUCUCAAAUUUUCUUGAAUGCUGAAGGAAAAGGGCUUACUAAAAGAAUGGCCAAGGAAGAGAAUUUUAAUGGCGAUAGAAAGUUAAAAAUGCAAUAUCAUGAUCCAGAUGGAAUUAGGGUGCUUUCAAAUGAAAAGAUGGUUGCAAAGCGAGCAAAAGUUGACCCAUUUGAAGAAUAUGAUGUUAAACAAGCACCUGUUUCUGACCUGGAACCAAGGAAAACGCAAAGGUCUGCUGCAGAGAUGCCAUCUAGCUUUAGUCAGGAUGAAACUGCUGAAAUCAGUUCCUCAGUGGAUUAA